GUCAUAUUCGGCUCCCACCCGCGAUUCUCUGGCUUCAUUUUUGUCCCAAAGUUCACCAGUUCAUUCACUUCCUCCGCUUUCCACACCGCUCGCUUUGGUGGUUCAGCCAUCUACUACGUCGUCAUCUGUCCGUAUCUACUGUGUCCCUGUCAAGUGCUCUCGCGAGGGGAGGAGAGAUGAGCACUUCCGAUCCCACAAGAUAAACUGCGCCGCCCUUGACCCUGUCGCAAGCCAUCAUGUCUCUCCCUGCGCCCGCUUCCUCGAGCAGGACGCAGUCUCGAGUCCGUCGGCGACCGGCCACCCCGAUUCUGAGCAAGCGUGAUCUCACAGGCACCGUCGGUCAGGCAUCAUGGAUCAGCAGCGUCGUCAACCUCCUCAACACGAUCGUUGGCGCCGGGGUCCUCGCCAUGCCCCUCGCCAUGUCACAUAUGGGUGUCUUAUUGGGAACAAUCGUGAUACUGUGGGCGGGUGCCACUGCCGGGUUUGGCCUCUACCUGCAAACUCGCUGCGCCGCAUACCUGGAACGGGGAUCCUCGAGCUUUUUUGCACUGUCCCAAAUCACAUACCCCAACGCCGCGGUGAUAUUUGACGCGGCCAUUGCAAUCAAAUGCUUUGGCGUGGGAGUCAGCUAUCUCAUCAUCAUUGGCGACCUCAUGCCGGGUGUCGUGCGCGGGUUUGCUCGUGAAGAGGACCUAGGCCAAUUCAUGUUCGACCGCCAUUUCUGGGUCACGGCUUUUAUGCUGGUUGUCAUUCCCUUCUCCUUCCUACGUCGACUCGAUUCGUUGAAAUACACUUCUGUGAUCGCAUUGAUAUCAAUUGGGUACCUGGUCAUCUUGGUCGUCUAUCACUUUGCCGCACACGACACCUUGCCCGGUGGGCACUACCAGACUCCGCUAAGAAUAUUUACAUGGGCGGGUGCGAUCCCGGCGCUCUCUUCCUUCCCCGUCGUUGUGUUCGCCUAUACUUGUCAUCAAAACAUGUUCAGCAUCCUCAACGAGAUCAGCGAUAACUCCCAUUUCCGCACCAGCGCUGUCGUAUUCGCAUCCAACGGCACCGCUGCCUCUAUUUAUAUUCUGGUUGCGAUUACUGGCUAUUUGUCAUUUGGGAACGAAAUCGGAGGAAAUAUUGUGGCACAAUAUGCGCCUUCGGUGUCCACAACGAUCGGUCAAGCCAUGAUAGUGGUUCUCGUCAUGUUCUCCUACCCUCUGCAAGUUCACCCCUGCCGAGCCAGUGUCGAUGCUGUUCUCAAAUGGCGUCCUUCCGACAAACUGAAAGCGAGACUCCGCUCCACGCCCGCUACUCCUAGCUCGCUCGAUUCCAGCCCUCCGCGCGACGUUCCUCUCCUACAACCUGGCAGAAAGCGGAACACGGAAAUGGGAGAGGCUCGAUUUGCCGCCAUCACCACCGCGAUCAUCAUCCUCAGCUACAUCGUCGCCAUGACCGUCUCCAGUCUUGAGGCCGUUCUCGCGUACGUCGGUUCAACGGGAAGCACCUCCAUUUCCUUCAUCCUUCCGGGCUUGUUCUACUAUAAAAUAUCUUCACCCGAUUCACCCUUGCAUCAAAAGCUUGUGAAAGAAGAAGACGACUACGAGUGGCACGGGGACGAUGAUGCGAGCGACAAGUCUGACGACGAUGCUGGCAACGAAGAGCCACCGAACCACGAAGGCCAAAAUCUGCUAGGUAACUCGGGGAUUCUCAGCAUCAGCGGCAUAAGCUUGUUGAAACGGACGAGGAAUUUCCGCCGGAAGAUGCUUCGCAAGCUGAGCCUCGCGUUGGCCAUCUACGGGGUGUGCGUCAUGGUGGUUUGUUUGAUCACGAAUACCUUUUUCAUUGUUGCGCACUGAGGUGCGUUGACGAGGAGGUGCUUGUGGGUGCCAGUGUUUGGAAAGAUGUGAAGGAGUGCCGCGUGACAAGCGUCGAGAUCAUACAUGAGGUGGACGGUUCAAUUCAAUUAUCGACCUGAUCGUUCGAUAUGACUGAUGAUUUGAUUUCGAAGAAACAUAGAGGGCGACUGCUGAGGACUCUCGUUGUCGACUAGUUAGAGUCCCAAGAAUUUCCUUUUUGGACGACACCCCACGUUGCAAAUAUACUAUACCCUCUCAAAGUCGAUUCAUGCACGAUGUGUCCGGGAGCAUCAGAGAGAACGGCAGAGAUAUCAACGAGAUCCCCUCUGGAGUUACCAAAGAACGGGGCGUCGCACUGGCCAGCGCAGUGAGAACGAUACAUGCAUACAAUGCCUCGUCCGACUUGGGACUCCCGAGCCUCCUCGACGAAGUCGGAAGCGACCACAGGACACUCGUAUAGCCGCAUACAAACAAGAGUGAUUGUCGCGCAUCCAGCGCUCCGAAAUCUCUGCAACGACGAAAUCAGGGGCCCAAAAGGGAAAUGACUGGUUGACCAUCAUCACGACCAUGAGCUUGAGCUUGAACCUGUUUGAGCUUGGAUAGAAAAACAAGUGGCUUUUUGCAGGUCGCACGAGCGGGAGAUAAUACCGUGUAGAGCGAUGGCGUCCAGGCAGGCAGGCAGGCAGGGCGGGCGUUUAAUGUCUAUAUCCUAUACCAUAUCAUACCAUACCAUGCCGACGUAUUGACUACUUACUAUUUGUUCCAGACGACCGAGGUAUCACUUGUUUAGUUCACAAGAAUGGGCUGCCAGCCAGGGAGCAUAUA